AUGAAGGUCACGCAGUGGAGGCGGGAGUCGGCGCUUAACUUCGGUGCGGGGCACACGCACGUGCUCGCGUCGGUGUUCCUAACCUGUGCUGUGGAAAGUCUCGUACUUGGCUGUCAGCUGCCAACUCUACAGCGAUUCGUUGCUGAGAUAGCGGAUUUACUCUGCAGAUUAAGCAGAGCGAACUGGCAGAAACCAUCAAGUAAGAAAAAAGCGUUAUACUCCUCUAGGUAA